UGGGGAAUUAAAAAGAAAAUCAAGCUUAUGAUUUCAACGUUCCACUUCCGUUAGAACUUCUGGUGGCCCUGAAAGCUGUGGAGCCCCGGCGCCCCGGUAUCGACAAAGACAAAUACUUUACAAAGAGCAGCAACCAAACACGCCGCAGUUUCAGAGGGCUCUGGAUCGAGGAAAAACUUCCAACCGUGUGGUUGAUCUAACUCCUCUAUCCACUCUCACUCUACCUCACCUACCUUCGCCCAACGCCGCGGCUCAACCACGCCAUUAAGCAUUCUCAUGAAAGUGGUAUAUAAUUGUAGAAGCUGAGAAGAGAGGAUCUUUGACAUCAAUGGCAGCAUCAGCAGAAACCCUCGACAGUGCAAAAUGUAGUUUAAAUGGAGACUGGACAGUUGUUUUACCCCGUCGUGGCAGACAGAGAAAACAGUUGCCAACAAUUAGAUCUCUGGAGCAACAACAACCGUGGGUUCCAACUGAUCUUGAAAAUGAUCCUAUCAGAACAUCUAAAUUAAUACAGAAGAUGCAGAUCUGCAUGAAGAAAAUCGAGAGCUCUUCAUUCUACCGUGCUCUACUGGAUCAAAUUCAAACUCCAGAAAUCUUGAUUUGUUUACAUAGGGUCUUAGGCUCCGAGUCAAAGAUGCCAAUGGUGAUUUAUGGUAUAGGCAGCAUCGAAUCAUUUGAACCCUCUCGAUUGCAGCUUAGCCUUGCUGUCUUGAUGAAGAGGAAGUUCAGUUGGAUUGGAGAUAUUGAGGUUUUUGAUCCUAUUCUUUCUGCAACUGAAUCUCGGGUAUUGGAAGCUCUAGGUUGUUCUGUUCUCUCAGUAAAUGAGCAAGGACAUCGAUGUGCUCUAAAGCCAACAAUAUUUUUUAUGCCACAUUGUGAGGCAGAGUUGUAUGACAAUUUAUUGCGUGCAAAUUGGGGAGUGGAGUUGUUGAAUCGUGUAGUCUUGUUUGGAAAUAGCUUCGAGACAUAUGAGCAGCAUAUCUCAGAAUUUAAGAACUCGGAUAUUGUUGGUUCGGCAAAGCGAAUCUUGUCUAUUCGCCCAUUUACAAAGGAAUUCAGGAUUAAUACAGUUUCAGAUUAUUAUUUUAGUGCUUUCCAUGAUUCAAGUUGGCAUUUUUUUGGCCCUGUUCCUGAGACAGAGCUGCAGCAUGUCAAAUUUUGAUGAAAAAUAUCAAAUUGAUUUCAGUAAUUGGAUGAUGUUUGAAACAUAUUUUAUUGUCUUCCAAAUUUCUUUUGGGAGGAAGAUUAUUAUUGUCAUUUGCAUGUAGAGUGGGUUGUAUGUUUUGAGUUGCUUGGUGUGAGGACCUAAAUAUCAAGAUUUUAAGUCUGAAUAGCAUAAAUCUCCUGAUUCUAAAA